AUGAGUGACCGUGAGACGUUGUUUGAAAUGGGCUUUGCGCCCGAACGCGUCGAUUGGGCGUUGCAUGCCUCGGGUAAUAGCGGACUACAAACCGCACUGGACCACCUCGAGGAGCACCAGGAUACACCCAUGCCGGAAAACUGGCGCGAGCAAGGCAAGGAAGCCGAGCAAGACGAUGAAAAGCCCAAGUCUAUUCGGUGCGGUGAGUGCAGCAAGAUGUUCCGCGAUAUGGACCUCGCCAUGUACCAUGCAGAAAAGUCAGGGCACGAGGAUUUCGCCGAGAGCUCCGAGGAGAUGAAGCCUCUCACGCAGGAAGAAAAGGAAGCUAGGCUUGCCGAGUUGCGUGCACGUUUGGAGAAGAAGCGCACUGCAAAGGCCGUCGAAGAUGCGCAAGCACAGCGCGCAAAUGAGAUCAUCCGGCGCAAGGCAGGGCAAGAAGGUGGCGAAGCGCGUGCCGAGUUGGAGCGACAGCAACGUAUCAAGGAGGCGGAGCGCAAGCGCCUCGAAAAAAUUGAGGAUGUAAGUACAGCAACGCACUCACAACAGGCGCGCGCAAGAGAUCGUGUACGUGCGCAAAUCGAGGAGGACAAGCGCGCGCGCGCAGAUAAGGCAGAGCGCGAAAAAGCAAUGCGCGAGGGUCGUGCUGAUCCAGUGGUGCAAUCGGCCCCUGCCUCUGCGCCUGCUGUGCAAAAGCCAAGCUUGGCGACCGAGACGCGCAUUCGUGUGCGUGCGCCGGGUGGCAUGUGGACAGGCACUUUCAGUGUCGAUGCUGUGUUAUCAGACGUUGCAUCUGCAGUACGUAAUGGCGGCUUGAGUGGCGGAGCGGCAAAGAUGGAAUUUUCUACGCCCUACCCCCGCCGUGUCUACACGGAAAUAGACUUGACCAAAACGCUGGGAGAGCUAGGUCUUGUGCCAAAUGCGGCACUCGAUGCUAGAAGAGUAGACUAG